AUGGCGAAUGAGGAUGUGGUUUCAUGGAAUGCAAUACUAGCAGGUUACUCUCAAGAGGGAAAUCAUGGGCUUGAGGCGAUUUUUGUCUUUAUAGAGAUGGUGGGAAGAAGGGAUGGGUGCAUGAAUGAUCGCAACAUAGUGUCUUGGACAACUAUGAUUUCAAUAGACGAAGAAGAUGCCAUCUCUCUAUUUAAUGAGGUGAGAUUGGAUGGAGUAUAUCCAAAUGAUGUUACAUUUGUUGGAAUAAUCCAUGCUAUAUCAAUUAGGAAGUUGGUGGAGGAAGGCGAAAUGAUUCAUGGGUUUUGCAUAAAGGCUGGCUUUUUAUCAAAGCGUAAUGUUUGCAACAGCUUGGGGUAUGCUCAGAAAGGGCUGUGUCAAGAUGCACUAAAAACAUUCUUAGUAGCAACUAUGGAGUCAAAGCCAAACAAUUACACAUUUGGUAGUGUUUUGAGUGCAAUUGGUGCUCUUCUUGAUAUGUAUGCAAAGCGAGGAAGCAUUUGUGAGUCCAAAAGAGUUUUCAGUGAGACGCCUCAUAAAAGCCAGUUUGCUUGGAUUGCAAUAAUAUCUGCAUAUGCUGGGCAUGGAGACUAUGACUCAGUGAUAGAAUUGUUCAAGGAGAUGGAGAGAGAAGGGACAGCAGGCUGCAGAAAUGGAAUGGUGGAGAUGGGCCGUCACCUCUUUCAUUCAAUGGUGAAGGACUAUCAUAUUGAACCAUCUCCUCAACAUUAUUCAAGUAUGGCGGACAUGGUGGGAUGUGCAGGGAAAUUGGAGGAAGCAGAGGAAUUGAUGAGUCAGAUCCCGGGACAGCCAGGGUUUUCAUUGUUGCAUAGCCUGCUCGGGGCUUGCAGGAUCCAUGGGAAUGUGGAGAUGGCGGAGAGAGUAGCCAAUACAUUAAUGAGAUUGGAACCAAUGGAAUCGGGUUCUUUUGUGUUGAUGUCCAACUUGUAUGCUGAGAAAGGGGACUGGGAAAUGGUAGCAAAAGUUGGGAAAUGGAAGAGAGAUGAAGGAGUGAGAAAGGAAUUGUGA